UCAAAACAGAAAAUCCCGAACGAAAACGGACGGAUUUCCUCGCGAAUUUGGUGCCUUUCGCCGUUUGUUCGAUCGGUGCAAGUGAGCGCAUUGUGGUUGUGCUUCGGUCACCCUUUCUUCUGCCGAUGGUGCGCGCUCGAAUGUGGAAGUUAUUAGAAUGAAAGUCACGGUGAAAAGCUGGAUGGGAGUUGCUGUCUGGAAAUGGCUGGCGAACGAUGACAACUGCGGUAUCUGCCGAAUGGCUUUCGAAGGCUGCUGUCCCGACUGCUCGCUUCCCGGUGACGACUGUCCGCUCGUUUGGGGCGCCUGCUCGCACUGCUUCCACGUGCACUGCAUCGUGAAGUGGCUCAAUUCGCAGGCCAACCAGCAGUGUCCCAUGUGUCGGCAGGUCUGGAAGUUUAACGAUAAGUAGAGCCCCGCAACGGCGGUGGCCAGCGGUGCUAGAGUGGCCGAGGUGAUGGCCAGAAGAACUAACGCACCGAGAUUCACGUGUAAAGCAAUAAACUCGCAGUGAAGAGUGGCAGGCGUGCCGUGUGUGUUCGUGUUUUAGAGUAGGCGGCACGGAGAAUUCGCGUCCGUUUUUGGCCAUAUAGUUGAUAAGGGGUGUCGCGGUGCCGCGUGUGCUGUGCGAAGGUGAGAUUAUUAGUCACAAGAGUGCUCGGUCGAAACGAUCAUUUUCUGUGCGAUUGGCGUGUCCAGUAAUUCCUGACUCCGGAGCACACUCGGAUUU